UUCACCUUCAUUUUUGUUUUUAUGGACACAGUUUUAGUGCUCCGGGCUGUUACGGGGCACAGUUAUGGUGACGGUGGCUACUUGGGUGGAGUUACGUAUCCGUGUCGCACACUUUGGCAAGUGGGCAACAGACUAACAGACUAUGCAUUCGGCCCAGAAAGACACCACCUUUACCAAGAUCUUCGUUGGAGGUCUCCCGUACCACACCACCGACUCGAGUCUCAGGAAGUACUUCGAGGUUUUCGGGGACAUCGAGGAGGCUGUUGUCAUCACGGAUCGCCAGACCGGCAAGUCCAGAGGUUAUGGAUUUGUGACCAUGGCGGACCGGGCCUCGGCUGACCGAGCCUGCAAGGACCCCAACCCCAUUAUAGAUGGCAGGAAGGCCAACGUGAACCUGGCCUACCUGGGGGCCAAGCCCAGGGUCAUACAGCCAGGCUUCGCGUUCGGCAUGCCUCAGAUCCAUCCGGCGUUCAUCCAAAGGCCUUAUGGGAUCCCGGCUCACUAUGUCUACCCUCAGGCCUUCGUCCAGCCCAGCAUGGUGAUCCCUCACGUACAGCCCUCCAGCGCCACGGCGACGGCCGCCGCGGCCGCCGCCGCCACGUCGCCGUACCUGGAUUACACUGGCGCUGCUUACGCUCAAUACUCCGCCGCAGCCGCCACCGCGGCGGCGGCGGCCGCCGCCGCAUAUGAGCAGUAUCCGUACGCGGCUUCCCCGGCCCCCACGGGCUACAUGACCACGGCCGGCUACGGCUACACGGUCCAACCGCCGCUCGCCGCCGCCGCCACCCCGGGGGCGGCGGCGGCCGCCGCUGCCUUCAGCCAGUACCAGCCUCAGCAGCUGCAGACGGAUCGCAUGCAGUGAAAAAAAAAAAAAAAAAAAAAAACGGCAUUGUUACAAAGCGGUUGAGCCGUCACCACCCAAUUCGAGUUGGGGUUAAGUUACUGUACAAUGAAGAUCGUCCGCACAAGGUUUUAACUUGAAAAGUGAAGGAAAUCACAGGUUGUGCAAACAUACACUGUAUUUUAUUCAAAUUAGAUCAGUAUUUUUUUCUUCCAUUAUUUAAUAUUUAUACAUCAGCAAAAAGAUUGAAUGUUAACUAAAGCAGACAAAGUGAACCUCAUUACUAAUGUUUUGUAUAUAUUGUAAAGUGCUCCCAAGCGCAAUGAUGUCUUAUGAUCAGGUAUCUUCCCUGCUACAUUGUAUACCAAAAUACGUGCAUGAAUAUGAGUGAGCGUUUUUCAGGAUUUGUAUCAGCUGAAUCUAUGCAGGCAUCUCGCUCUUAUGUU